UUGCUACAUAGCUAGAUUUAAUGGAGGGAACUUCUAGUUGGAAGCCUAACGAACAAGGCGGAGACUCUCUUGCUAAUGAUUGGAGAUCACAACAUGAGCCUGAUCUACGUAAGAAAGUUAUUGUAGCAAUAGUGGAGAGGUUGAAGAUAUGUUUCUCUAGACAUAUUACGGAUACUAUUACCAAGAGCGCUUGUACAUUUGAAGAAAAGAUUUAUGGCAUGGCCAAAGAUAAGGGUGAUUACUUGCGGAAAAUCCACGAAAAGAUACUUGCUUUCGAAAGAAAAAUCAGAGCUGGUACUUCAGCCAAUGGAGCUAACACUCCACAUCCAGCUCAAGCUCUGAAUCAAGGACAAUCACUUCCCACCUCGUUGACAUAUGCACAUACUCCAACAAACCAACCAUGGUUAUCUCAAAGCAACAUCCAGAGCAAGUUCAACACUCCUGAAUCUUCUGGUUUGCCCAUUCAGUCUCCUAUGACCGUUUCUGCGGCUCAUAAUCUAAACGUUCAAAUGGGUGAAAGAGUUGAAUCAAGUCUUGGUCCCGGUCCUCAAAGACAGAUUCAAGGAAGGCAACAACAGCUUCAGAAGUCUCAACAGCAGCAACUGAGAUCCAACACGAUGUACCAGCAUCACGGGAAUCAGCAGCAGCAAAGUUUGUUGCCUCAUCAUAGAUCAUCGUCUCCUAUUAAGCUGUCUUUUCCUCAGUCUUCUGCUCUUUCUAGUCAUCAACAGCAGAUGGCUGUGCCGUCCAGGGAACAUAAACAGCUAGAACGGAAGUAUCACAUUAGUCAACUGAUGAAUGGUCAAGACACGCAGCAGAAUCAUCUAACAUCACCACAAAACAAUGGGGAGAAACAACGAAUCUCCCAGCAGAACAAUACGACUAGCUUUAAUGUGCAUGGAUCAAAAUUGUUGGGUGCUCAAGGCCAAGAGGUGGAGAAAUCUCAACCAUUGAUGCUACAACAUUUGAAUGAGACACAAAGGUUUCAAGCAGCAGGUUCUUUGCACCAAAGCCAGAACCUAGCAGACCAACAGAAUCAGCCAUAUCAAUUGCAGAAACCUACUUUUCAAGAUUCUACAAGCAAGACGUUAAACCCUAGUGGUGGUGACUGGCGAGAAGAAACCUAUCAGAAGAUAAAAGCUCUUAAGGACAAGUAUAUACAUAUUCUGAGUGAAUUGUUCCAAAAACUAUCUUAUAAAUUGCAAGAGAUUGAUUCUCUUCCUCAACAGAACAUGAUGCCAUCUGACCCGCGGGUUGAAAAUCUAAGGGCGACCAUAGCGAGGUUGGGGCAAGUUCUUGUGUACUUAAAUGUCAGUAGGAGCAGUGUAUCAGAGCAGCACAGAGAUAAGUUUAGUGCAUUGGAGUCACUUGCAUUGAAAUUCACCAAGCAUCAGAGGGAAAAGGAGGAGCAGCAACAAGUGCAUAUCCCUCCUCCUCAGAUCCAUCAAACAGCAUUACAAACCCAAAGUGGUCAAGUCCAUGCGUCACAGACAGCAGCGCCUCAUUCCUCGCAGACAAGGCCUAGGAUAGAACCAAAAGAUGUGAACAAGGUUAUGUCCUCAUCAGGAAAUGUCGUGGUGCAUUCUCCUAAACAGAAUCCUCCAAGUAAUCAACGGGAGGUUGUGCACUCUAAUAUCAGCCAGGCUCAGUCUAGUAUGUUUCAGAAGAAGCAGUUUCAUCAUCUCCCUAAGCAAGAACAACCAUCAGCUUCAUCCCCUCAGAUGCAGAAGAACAACUCUUCUCCACAGUUAGUGGAGCAGCAGACUCUUCCUACACCAACUAACAAAACAGAAGCUCAGGAGCAUCCUCUGGUUACUCUUUCUCCUGAGCCACCCUCAGAGCGGCCUAUUGAUCGUCUGAUAAAAGCUUUUCAAUCAUCAUCACAAGAAUCUUUGGCACAAUCAGUAAGUGAGAUGAGGUCGGUCAUCAGCUUAACUGACAUGCUUGCUGGUUCAGUCCACACCAUUGGAGGAUCUAGAGCUCGUUUAGGGGAGGAUUUGAGUGAGAGGACAAGGUUCCGUGUGCAACAAGGAGAUACACAUCCAACUAAGAAACUUAAGCGCUCACUCACCGCUAUGCCAUCACAAACUGAUAGCUACAAACGGUUCAGUGUUAACAAGAUUGAGCCUAGUUAUGCCCUCCUGCAAGAGAUCAUUGAAAUAAAUGGGAGAUUUGUAGAGACAGUGGUGAACAUAUGUAAUGAAGAUGUUUGUCCAAGUGAAGCUACUUCAGGAACAGUCGUCGUCACGUGCUCUUAUGUCCCUGUGGCUCUUAGUGCCACAUUCAAAGCUCUUUACAAUUCAGGACAUAUCGUAAGUCUCUCUAAACUUUGGUCUUGUCUGUCUUUUUCUCAAAUGCUUAUGUAUCCCAUGUUUGAUAUGCAGUCACAGAUUCAGCCGUUACGUUUACUAGUUCCUGAGAAUUAUCCAAAUUCCCCAAUAAUAAUAGAGAAAAUCCUCUUUGACGGCGCCAGUGAUCACAAGUUUGAGGAUUUAUCGGCGAGAGCUAGAUCGAGGUUUAGUUCGUCUAUGAAGGAAGCAAUGUCACUUAAAGAAAUAGCUAAAGUUUGGGAUGAGUGUGCGAGAGCUACAAUGCUUGAGUACGCUGAACGGCAUGGUGGAGGUACUUUCAGCUCCAAGUACGGUCGUUGGGAGUCUGUUCUAAGAUCUUCAUGAGCUCUAAAUACUUUUUUUUUUCUAACUUACUCACCCGUCAAGGAUAAUGCACAGAGGUGGAAACUUUAAAGUGUUAGGUUUUAUUAUUUGCCUUGCGGUAGAAAAAAUAUCAGUUGUAAUUUGUAAAUGCAUAAUGUUUCCAUUAUCAUUUGUAAAUGCAUAAUGUUUCCAUAAACUUGAAUGUCCAAGUCUAAUCUAUUUUGUAGAAACUUUAACCGGUUUCAGUUUAGAUUCUUAGAUUCUUAGAGGUUUUUUAUGACCAGAGUCGGGGCUGAGUAAACGAGGGCUCCUUUUCAAUUUUUUUAAUAAUUUUAUUUUUAUAGUAUUAUAAACUAUAUACAAAAAAACAAUACAAAAAUAAUAAUAAUCUAAAUAAAAAUAAAAUGAAAAUGAAAAUAUAAAAAACUCUAUUUC